AUGUCGUCAACUAAAAAUACACAAGCUAUACCUUCGAUACAGGUAGAUUCAACAUCAACCUCAACAUCCGAAACGGCUGUUUUCCAACAUUCACCUGAACCACAUUCAAAGCUGAAAAGAGAAUGGGAACCCGGAUGUCAACCUGACGAGAUAUAUGAUAGGUAUUUACCUGUCUGGAGAGCCUAUCUGAGAAGAUGGUUGGUCAAAAGAUUGAGAAAGGAGAAAGAUUGGAUGGCAGAUUGGCAAGUUAAGAUAAGGUCUGAAAAGAGGGAUAAAUUCUUCUAUUGGACCGCUGUUUUCGGUACUCACACUUUCUUCAUGACUUUCUUGCCGGUACUGUUCUUCUUUGGAUUCCCGUUGAAAGCGCGAGGCUUGCUCUAUGUUGUGGGCAUGGGUAUAUAUAUCUCAUCGUUCGCAAAAGAUCUAGUAUGUACCCCUAGGCCAUAUAGUCCCCCCGUGAUACGACUGAGCAUGAGUACACAUCAUCAUGAAUAUGGUUUCCCCUCAUCCCACUCAACGAACUCUAUCAGUAUAGCACUUUUCUUUGCCGAAUGGUUAUUCGAGCUUCGAGAUCACGUGGGAAUGUCCUCUGUACUUGCCGGCUGGCUUUUCCUGGCAUUCUACACAGCGAGCGUGGUCGGGGGGCGACUGUACACAGGAAUGCAUUCAACGGCCGACGUCAUUGGCGGUAGCUUGAUGGGCAUUGCAUGCUGGAUCUUAUGGAUUGUAAUUGGUGACUCAGUAGAAUUUUGGGUGGAUUCAGGUACCUGGCUUGUACCUGCUAUCUCUGUACCCCUCACUCUAGGUUUGGUUCAUUAUCAUCCUGAACCACUGGAUGAUUGUCCAUGUUUCGAAGAUGCUAUUGCUGUUUUAUCUGUUAUACUAGGAUCCUUCUUAGGUCACUGGUGGAGUAUAGUCAGUAAUCAAGCUGUACCUGCUAUCGCUCAAAGAAAAGCAUUUGGCGGAGGAUUUGUCUUCAAUACGGGAAUUGUGUUAUCCAGGCUGAUACUGGGUCUUGGAUUGAUGUUCGCGUGGAGAUUGGUAGUCAAGAGUACUCUACUCAAGGUAUUACCACCAAUCUUCAGAGCUGUAGAGAAAGUUUCGGGUGCUUUACCUACUAGAAGGUUUUAUAAAGCUGCAACAGAUUACGAAAAGGUGCCAUCGAAAAUAACAUUUAGACACAUACCAUCUGUGGUAGAUCUUCAGAUUGGCGAAAACUACGAUAGAGCUCCUACACCGUCAGAAUCACCUCUACUCCAUGCGAAACAGCUCAAUUCACCUCCUAUUAUUAGUAACGGUGACACCGAGGGAUUAAGAAGAAGAAAAUCAAACACCAAAAAGGAGAAUAAAAAGAUAAAAGAUGAGGAAAUUGAAUGGUUGGUAAGGGUGAACAAGAGGAAAGGUGAUAGAUCGAAAUAUGAUGCCGAAGUCCUCACCAAAGUGGCAGUAUACACCGGUAUAGGUCUCAUAGCAACUACGUUGAUACCGAUUUUAUUCAACAAGAUCGAGGCUUUCGUUUUAUGA